CUGACCCAACAGCAAAGGCAGUAGACACACCAAACCUGGAGAACCUGGAGCCAACUACCACUAUCAGCCAGUGGUCAGCAGGAGCCAACUACCACUAUCAGCCAGUGGUCAGCAGGAGCCAACUACCACUAUCAGCCAGUGGUGAGCAGGAGCCAACUACCACUAUCAGCCAGUGGUCAGCAGGAGCCAACUACCACUAUCAGCCAGUGGUCAGCAGGAGCCAACUACCACUAUCAGCCAGUGGUCACCUGGAGCCAACUACCACUAUCAGCCAGUGGUCACCAGGAGCCAACUACCACUAUCAGCCAGUGGUCAGCAGGAGCCAACUACCACUAUCAGCCAGUGGUCACCAGGAGCCAACUACCACUAUCAGCCAGUGGUCACCUGGAGCCAACUACCACUAUCAGCCAGUGGUCACCUGGAGCCAACUACCACUAUCAGCCAGUGGUCACCAGGAGCCAACUACCCCUAUCAGCCAGUGGUCAGCAGGAGCCAACUACCACUAUCAGCCAGUGGUCACCAGGAGCCAACUACCACUAUCAGCCAGUGGUCACAAGGAGCCAACUACCACUAUCAGCCAAUGGUCACCAGGAGCCAACUACCACUAUCAGCCAGUGGUCAGCAGGAGCCAACUACCACUAUCAGCCAGUGGUCACCUGGAGCCAACUACCACUAUCAGCCAGUGGUCAGCAGGAGCCAACUACCACUAUCAGCCAGUGGUCAGCAGGAGCCAACUACCACUAUCAGCCAGUGGUCAGCAGGAGCCAACUACCACUAGGAGCCAGUGGUCACCAGGAGCCAACUACCACUAUCAGCCAGUGGUCAGCAGGAGCCAACUACCACUAUCAGCCAGUGGUCACCUGGAGCCAACUACCACUAUCAGCCAGUGGUCAGCAGGAGCCAACUACCACUAUCAGCCAGUGGUCAGCAGGAGCCAACUACCACUAUCAGCCAGUGGUCAGCAGGAGCCAACUACCACUAGGAGCCAGUGGUCACCAGGAGCCAACUACCACUAG